AUGGCCAAGCUUCAAUUAGCUUUCUCAGUGCUGUGCGUUUUGCUGUAUUUUUGUGCAGCUCAGUCACAAAACCGUUCGCUUCUACUGUUUAAGGAAAUCGGAAGUCAGACUGAAAGGAAUUAUAUACUAUUUUUGUUUGAUAUUGAAAUGAUUCUAUUUAAAAUCUAUGCCGGCAAAGCGAGUUUAAAUGAUGCGAAACUAAGUCGAGAUUUGAUUACUGGAUUGGGAAACUCUGAAGUAAAAAAAGAAAUGCAAGCACUAGCCAGUAGAUUUAGAAAAGCAUCAAGGGCGAAAUUCUGGAUGGCCAAUAGAGUGUUCGUGCCUCAGGAAGACCCGCUUUCAAAGAAAAUAUCAAUGAUAUUCUCCUUGCUGAUGGCAAGUGCCAGGAAGCAUGAUUACGCCAAGGAUAUCAAAACCGCACGCACUGUUAACCAGUGGGUGUUGGAUAAUGUGGAUAGGGUAUUGACCGACUAUGCAAAAGACAAAAGGGAGAAAAGAGCUAAGCAAUUGGUAGCCCUCAGUGGAAUGUCACUAACUCCCCAAUGGAGUAUUCGUUUCAAAUCACAGGUCAACAGAUACUUUGCAGGCAGAUCAAAAGCGCCAAUAUGCGUGCCCAUGAUGCACUCUUUACUCAAAAUGGAAACAAUGUCCACGGACGAGGCCAAAGGUAUAUUCAUCAAAUUCGAAACCACAGACAUUGGCAUUUUGUUUCUUCUCCCGCGAAAGGGUGUAACUUGCCAGAAUGUAUUGGACAAUUUGGGCACCCAGAUUAGGGCUGAACUGGACGAUCCCAUAGAUGUUAAUCUAAUGAUACCCAUAUUCAAGGCGGAAUUUGAAUCGGACAUCAGUUCGAAGUUAGCAAAAAUAAAUAUGGCUAAGGUGUUCAAUGGUACGCAGUUUUAUUUGGAGUCUAACAUGAAAAUCGAUGAGUUUAUGCAAAAAACUAAGGUCGAAAUUAGACCCAGGAACAUUUUAACUAAAGUGAAUGAUAUUAAUAUGCAGAAUAUAACAACAUUCGAACUUAAUCGUCCAUUUGUCUUUGUCAUUAAGGAUAAAGAUUAUAUUUACGCAGUUGGUCGAAUUGAUGACAUGGAUGGACUGGCUUCUACAGGGAAUUGUUCAAAGAAGUAUUCCGAUUUGGACUAAUCGCGGAAUAUGUUAAAACUAAUAAUAAUACAAUUAAUCCAUAUCUGAAAUCAUUCUAUAAUAUUACAUUUUCAAAUUCAUAUAUUACUUGCAAAAUACAAUGUUUUAUUCUCUCAUAACGUAAAAUGUAUUAUAUUUUCAAGACAACAAAUGUCAUUUGAGUUAUGUAUACCUACAAUUAUUAAUUUUUUAUAUUUUUAAAUUUAACUGAUGACAAACUUUUGUUGUAUUUAAGACAUUGGCCUAAAUGAUGGAAUAUUCUUCACAGUUAAACAUAUCUUUUUUAGUUGCCAAACAUUGCCCAGCAGAUCAGUUUUUAUUAAUAAAUAGAUUUGUUCCCAAUUUUUAUUUGAUUACAAAUUCAGUGUUUGAAUAUAAUA